AUUGUUUCACUCUUCCUCCUUCACAAAAUACAAACUUACACACCCGCCCUGUUUCCCUUCUUUCCUCCUCGUCUUCCUGCCGGCAACUGAGAAAGGAAAGGAGAACCUAGAAAGAAAAAAAAAAAAAAGUGGAGGGUCAUUGGGAAAUUAGAGAAAAUUUUUGAGAAUCAUUAUGGAUGAUGGAAUGUUGGAGAUUAACAUCAUCAUCGCUCUUGGACGUUCAUCUUCCUGUAGAUUUCUUGAUGCUUGUCCCAAAAGGGUUUUGAUGGAGGGGACAUCUUAUGGGGAUUGAUAUGAUGAUGAAUUUGUUUACAAGAUUGUUCAUUUGUUGAAUUCUUUGUUUUCGGAGAAAUGGAAAUCUUCAACCCACCAGCAGCAGUACCCACCUCCAAUUAGAUGAGCUGAAAUGGGAGAUUCACUCCUCCUCACAGCCCUGUCAAUGGAGAAUCACCAUCCGUCUACUGUUUUAUCCAUGGAUUCUAGCGCUUCCUCUCAUGAUGAAUUGGACUUGGAAAUGAAUCGCCAAAUCACUCUUUCCCGUCCCCCUGAUAUCAAUCUCCCCCUCUCUGCUGAGCGAAGUCCGACUCCACAGCAUUGGAACUCGGAUCAGUGUGAUAUUUUAGAUGUUAGUCUCAGUUCUCAAGCCUAUGAGACUGAGACUUACCUCAGUGUUUCCAAGGCCGGAAGGAAAGGUGCCAAACGGGUAGAUAGCAUCUGGGGUGCUUGGUUUUUCUUUAGUUACUACUUCAAGCCUGCUCUGAAUGACAAAUCGAAGGCUAAAAUUGUCCGGGACAGCAAUGGAGUUACCGGGUUUGAUAAAUCUGAUCUUAAGCUUGAUAUUUUUAUGGUGCAGCAUGACAUGGAGAACAUGUAUAUGUGGGUUUUCAAGGAGAGGCCUGAAAAUGCAUUGGGCAAGAUGCAGCUGAGAAGUUACAUGAAUGGGCAUUCUCGCCAAGGGGAGAGACCCUUUCCAUUUAGUGUUGAUAAGGGAUUUGUCAGAUCACACAGGAUGCAGCGGAAGCAUUAUAGAGGAUUGUCAAAUCCCCAGUGCGUGCAUGGUAUCGAGGUAGUUCCAUCUCCAAAUCUCAUGGGUCUUGAUGAGGAUGAACGGAAAAGAUGGGUGGAGCUCACAGGGAGAGAUUUCAAUUUUGCAAUCCUGUCUGAAGCUAGUGAUUUUAGUUCAUGGAGAAACCUUGCUAACACAGAUUUUGAGCUUGAUAGGCCGCCUCUAUCGAAGGGGGUCCCUAAUUCCCAUUCCAAGAAACUGCUCAAUGGAGCUGGGCUUAAUCUGUCUACUCAGCCAUCUAACCAUGCCAAUGGUGAUGCAAUGGACUUAUCACCUAUCAGCAACAAGAGGAAGAAGGACUUUUUCCCACAUGGGAAUGAAGAUGAAUGCUAUUUGGCUGUUAAUGCUUCUGACCGGAUCACAGACAUUGAAAUUCAUCCACAUGAGCCACAUUGGUUGAAUGAUUUCAAUGGGGUCAUGAAAAAUGUGUAUGGACCUGUUACAGCUGCAAAAACUAUAUAUGAGGAUGAGCAAGGUUAUUUGAUCAUUAUCAGUCUGCCCUUUGUGGAUCUUCAGAGGGUCAAGGUCUCUUGGAAGAAUACUCUCACUCGUGGUAUCAUAAAAGUAUCUUGUGUGAGCACAUCUCGCAUGCCAUUCAUCAAGAGACACGAUAGGACUUUCAAGCUUACAGAUCCUGCUUCUGAGCACUGCCCUCCAGGGGAGUUUGUUAGAGAAAUUCCUCUUUCAACCCGCAUUCCUGAGGAUGCUAAUAUUGAAGCAUAUUAUGAUGGGCCAGGAUCCGUGCUUGAGAUAAUGGUGCCAAAACUGCGUGUGGGUGCAGAAGAACAUGAAGUUCGUGUUUGCCUCCGCCCUAAACUUGGAGGAAGCGAUCUCAUGUUGACUUGAAAUACUCUCUUACCAAGUAGAGAAUAUUUAAGGGUAGUUACUAUGAUUGGAGCUUCAUUGUUUUACUAUGUAACAUACCAGUAUCAUAUAUGCAAAAGAAUGUAAGCUCGCAUUUGUCUUCUGCAAAUUUCGCCUCACUAAUUGGCAAUGGUUUUUGUUCCCAUUACCCAGUUAGCAUUGAACUGUACCCAAAAUUGCUUUUAGAACUGCAAUUUAAUUAGUCAUU